AUGUCGUUCAGCCAGAUCCCUUUCCUGCCGCUGAUCGAGCAGGAGCCGUCCCAGCUCGACUCGAAGCUCCUCCCCGCCCUCGCCCGCAUCGUCCCGCUCCUCCUCCCCGCCUCUCUCGCUGCCUCGACUCUUCCUCAUCUCCCUUCAAACGCCGAAUACUACAUCCUCGAUGACGUGCGACUGAGCUUGGAGGACGCCAUCGGCUACCUGGACAAGGGCGCACGUCGGGUCGUCUCGAAGAACACCGCACUCCUCACCGCCGUCCCCGCCGACCGCCUCAUCUUUCACCUCGAGAAGCCCGAUGCCGCCUUCCUCGGCAACACCGAUCUACUCGCAAAUAUUUCGGGCGUCUUGCUGGAGACGGCGACGUUCGUCGAGGAGGACCUCAAGCCCGUGCGGGUAGCGAUCAAGAAGAAGGCAUCGGGACGACCUCUCGACCUCUUCGUCCUCUCGGCGGUACGGACAGCGGAGAAGGUGCUCGCGCAGCCUGCAGCGUUCAAGCUCAUGUCCAAGACUGUCGGCGGAACUUCGGUCAUCCCCUCGUCCUUCCUCUCCACCGACCUUGGCAACCUCAUUGCUCCCCAUCCCGACGACGGCAAGCUCAGCCUCGCCACCCUCUUCACCUCUGCUCUCCGUUCCGACCGCCAAGACGGCCUCUUCGUCACCGUACCUAUCUCCCUCACAUCCGUCACCACCCCUCUCGGCCUCGUCUACUCCUCGCACGAAUCCGUCGCCCACUCCAUCCUCUCUGGCAACGCCGUUUACUACUCUCGGUCUCGCAACGGCUUAUGGCGGAAAGGCGAGACAUCCGGCGCGAUGCAGGUCGUCGAGCGCAUCCGCAUCGACUGCGACUUUGACGCGCUCGAGUUUGGCGUGAUCGAGUCGGGCCCGAACGGCGAGAAGGAAGGGUUCUGCCACGUCCCGGAGCAGACGUCCUGCUUCGGCGGUAUCGCAGGAUUGGCGGAACUCGAGUCGACGCUCAAGAAGCGAAUGGCGGAGGCGCCGGCGGGCUCGUACACCAAGCGACUGUUCGACGAGCCGAAGCUCCUGCGGGCCAAGAUCAUGGAGGAGGCGGGCGAGGUGUGCGACGCCGAGACGAGGGAAGAAUUAGCAGGAGAAGUCGCGGACUUGCUGUACUUCACCCUGACGCGGGCGGUUAGCAUGGGCGUCAGCUUGAAGGAUGUGCAGCAGGUGUUGGAGAAGCGGAGCCUGAAGGUGACGAGGCGGAAGGGCGACGCAAAGCCGGAAUGGGUGCAGAAACUCGGGCUGAGUAGCGAUCAAGCGGUCGGCGUGGACGGCGAGAAAUAG